AGUUUUGAAAUGAAUAUAUCAACAUCGUGGAUCACCAUCAAACUUAGGUAGCAAUAGAGAAGCUACUUGCCGUGCGGUAAGGCGAUGGUUUUAUGGUGUUUCCGCAAUGCAUCAUAAAACCACAAUUCUGGUAGCUCCCGCUCUACAAAACAGCAGCUGCAAUCAUCCGCGUUACAACCAUGUCAGUUUCUGGUACCUCCUAGGCCCAGGAGAUGUUUUACAGGCGUUCAUAGUACUGUUUCUCACUGUUGGUGUUUUGGCUGCUAAUUUACUUCUUAUUCUUGUCAUUAAUAGUAGGAGAUACUCGAAGUACAUUCACUCACAGCCCCGUUAUCUCCUUACGUCUUUGGCCAGUAAUGACCUAGCGAUGGGACUUUUCGUAACCCCAUUCGCCAUUGUUCCAUCCCUCAGACAUUGCUGGCCCUAUGGGGAGUUAGUGUGUCAAAUCCAGGCUCUUUUACGAGGGGCAAUAAGUCAACAAAGUGCCGUGAUUCUAAUUUGUAUGGCAAUGGACAGAUACCUGUGUAUGCUGCAUCCCGCCAGAUAUCACAAGCAUUCCAGUAAAAAGGGAUGCGUUGCCAUUAUAAGCAUGACAUGGAUAAUGUCGGUGACAUUAUUCUCAAUUCUGGUUCUGCCACGUGGCGGUUUUUACUUCAAUCCUACUGGAAUGAUGGCCUGCGAGCCUUUUUAUACUCGCUCCUCCAUUCGGAUAUUGGCUGCAUGUGGCUUCUAUUUUCCCACAACCAUGAUACUGAUGUACUGCUACGGAUCAGCGUUUCACGUCAACAAGCUACGACUGAGACGUGCCGGCUGCAACACAAUAGCCAGUCCUGAUGAGUGCAGUGCUGCUAGUAUGGAAAAGUUAGUGUCACAAGAACGAAGACUGAGCACGACUGCAUCCCGAACAAUGGCUGCCAUGUCCUUGGGAUUCAUUGUUUUCGUAACACCCUGGACCAUACAAGAAGUCGUUGCAGCUUGUACUGGCUCCCGAGCACCUGCAGCUCUUGAUUUCCUGGCGACGUGGUUGGCUUUAAGCAACAGUUUCUGGAAUCCAUUCCUCUACUGGCUGUUGAACAACCACUUUCGACGUAUCAGCAGGGAGCUUUUAUUCACAAGGUUCUUUUGCCGGAAAUCCCGCGAGCAAAAGCUCCAACAGAAACAUCAACAGACCCAUUGCUGCAGCAACAGCAGUUCGGGCGUGAUCGCCCACACUCAGAGUUGUGAUUUAGAACGGCUCUCCGAAAAAUAUUGGGGCGAGAUAUUAGAAAGAACGCUGUCGUCCAGUUCGCUGCACGCUCUUCAAAGGGCAUACUCACAACCCAGAAUGGAUCGUUGCAACGGCCUACAAGAAAUGAAGGUCUUCGAUACUGCCGUACCGGACUUAUGAAAGUUGGACAAGACUACGCAAACAUUCGACAUGAUUGCGGUCGAGAGCAUGGGAAGCUCUUGCGAGACCGACACAUUGUCCAAUUGAAUGUCUGCGCAGUCUUUCGGAGUUUUUAUACAUUUUUUGUAAAUUCGUAAUCCUUCGGCGAAUUUUGUAUUGUAACAUAAUUAGCUAAGAUUUACGACGAUGAAAUGUUGAAAUCGUAAACUAUUUUUGGCAGAUCCGAAAUUCAAAACAGGCAAUCUCAUUAAAACAUUGAAAAAAAUGGUAUACAUAGUGUAAAAACGCACAAUUAAUUAACUAAAGUAGAAUGAUUUCAAAAGGACGUCAAUAGAAUAAAUUAUUUUUACUGUUACAUAUAUUGACAGUCAAAAAUGUAACACUCGUAAUAAUUGUAAUGUUAAACAACUAAAAGUUUUCUAAAUACAUUGAUUUCUUGGCGUUUUUGUAUUUCUAUUUUAGAGUGUAUAAUGUAAACCAAAAUAUUGUUAAAAUGGACGAUAUUAUUGUAGAUAAACAGUAAGUGUCUCUUUGUUAUUUAAGACAUUUUUGUAUUAUACGUUAUAGGGAAUACAUAUAAUACGUUUUCUUUUUCAA